UGGACGACGAAAACAUGAAAAUAGAAAAUGGGAAUGAAUUAAACGAGAAAUUGGCCUCAAAUGACAUUGAUAGUUCGCAAAAUUGUGCAGCUGAACGAAAAAUAACUCAAACUGAUCAUUUAAAUAAACAAUUGUUAAAUGCAUUCCUCGAAAGAUUGAACACGAAGACAGAAAACGUACAGGACAAGGAAGGGGAGACAACUGAUGGUGAAUGGGUGGAAAAUACAACUGAAGAAACAGCUGAAAUUACCAGUAGUAAGAAGCAAAUGUCAGGGUCUUAAAAAUGGAAUAAAGCUAAACAAUGUUUUUAUUAUUGGCAUCUCAGGACCAUCUAACAGUGGAAAGACUUCAUUAACAUCCUGCUUAAAGAAAUCACUGCCAGGUUCAGCUCAUAUAUGUCAAGACGACUAUUUUCAUCCUCCAGGUGAUGACCGUUUAACAUGGGUACCAGAAGUCCAACACCAUAAUUGGGAAGUGUUUUCUUCAUUAGAUAUGGAUUCUAUGGUCAGAGAUGUAAAAAAAAUAAAAGAAAUAUUUAUGGAAGAAGUUCAAGAUAAACCUUCUAUAUUACUGGUAGAAGGUUUUACUAUAUUUAAUUAUGGGCCAUUAAAUGAAUUGUUUGAUAAAAGAUAUUUUCUUGUUACAUCAAAAGAAACAUGUCAACAAAGGAGAUUAACAAGAGAAUAUGAUCCCCCAGAUGUUCCUGGAUAUUUUGACAAAGUUGUUUGGCCUCAUUAUAAACAGACUUACAGUGAAAUAACGGAAAGAGAUGAUAUUAAUUUUAUAAAAGAAGACAUGAGUAAAGAAGAAAUAUUUACACAAGUGAAAAAUGAUAUUGACAUUUAUUUGGAAUCCUUAUGAUGCUGCAACAAUUAAACUUUAGUACUGUAGUUGUCCAUCAAGUCUAUAAUGAUUCUUUAAAAACAAAGACUGUCAAAUCAUCCGCUACUUGGAACUUAGAAUAUAGGUGUUGUACAUCAAGGAGGAGAAAUGUGAUAUUUUAUUGUAUUUUUAUAUACAUUUACAGCAUAGGUUGUUUUUUUCAUUUAUUCAUGCACUUUGCCAUGACUGUAUUAAACAUUAUUAUCACUU